UCUCGGCCACCGUAGCUUCAUGCCUGACAGACCACAUUUCGGGCAAAUCAAACACCGCGUUCUUAUAAAUAGGCGUACCCCACAUCCUCGUGAUACAGCGAAAUAAAGCGGGGAGCAUUUCCCGGCAGGACGGUGACUGAAGCGCUCCGAAGGUUCACUCAAAGAGACUCAAACAUGGACGUCCGGGCUGAGCUCGUGGUUCUCCUCUGCCUGAUGGGCCUCACCUGUGCGGUGCCGGUCAAAUUCAUAAGCUGCGGUUCCCCCUCUGGCAAAGUGACCGUGGUGGACAUUAGCCCUUGUGCCACUCAGCCAUGCCAGCUCCACAAAGGGGAGGCCUACAGUGUCAAUGUGACAUUCAGUAGUGAUGUAGUGAGCCAAACAAGCACAGCAUUGGUUCAUGGUAUUAUUGCUGGAGUUCCCAUCCCUUUCCCCAUCCCUGUGCAAGAUGGCUGCAAGUCUGGAAUCCAGUGUCCCAUCCAGAAGCAGCAGAACUAUCACUAUCUCAACUCUUUACCUGUGAAGAAAGAGUAUCCUGCUAUAAAGCUGGUGGUGGAAUGGGAACUGAGAGACGACAACAAAAUAGACUUGUUCUGCAUCAGGUUCCCAGUUCAGAUUGUGAGCUAAACCUGCAACAAUACCUCACACUAAUGUAUGGGGGCUUCUUUUUAAAAAGGGAUUCAGUGUUGAGUAAAAGCCUAAAGAACUUAAAUGAUUAAUUUUUUAUUCAUUUAUCAAAUUGAUUUUAAGAUGCGUUUCUCCCUCUGGUUUGCAAAAUGUUGCCGCACACGCAUCUUAAAAUCCUGCAGAAAUAAACGGUUGAUUAUUGCUCUGAUGGGCCGAACAGUUGAUUUUUAAGAGGCGUGAAUGAAGAAUACGACUGAUAUUUGUGUCAAUGACCCGGCUUAUCUACAUUCCACUACCACACAUGUCCCGUCUUCCUGGCUGCUGUGUAGUCGGACAAGAUGCACACUAGUUUGUCUUUACUAAAACUUUUGUAAAAUUUCUUACUGACCUUGUGCUACUAUAUGAAAAGUAAAUUCUAAUAAAGAAAUCUAAUGUGUA